AUGCCGGGCAUCUCAGUGAUCAUCCUAGGCAAGUUCUCGGAAGCGAGCCGCACUUUCCGCGAUGCUCUUCUGCCUGACUUUGACGGAAUAUACAUCUUCCUCGACCCCACCGCAGCCCUCAACGACCUCCCCUUCGUAAUCAAAGGGACCACCGCACCCCCCAGCGUCACCGACGACAGCACCACCGGCACCGACACCGACACCGACCACACCAUCCACAAACCCAGCCCCCCGAAAGCCAUCGUCGUCGCCUCCCCGGUGUACGACGACGCCUUCCUCGAGUCCGCGCGCCAGAUCCUGCUCGCCAACGACGCGCACGUCCCCUUCCUCAAGCCGGAUUGGGAUAACAACAACGCCGCCGCCGCUUCGGAUGCGCCCGCCACCACCACCACUACUACUACCACGACUGCUGCUGCUGCUGCUGCUGCUGCUGUCCCGGACCCCCAGGCCGUCAAGCACGCCGCCGAGCGCGCGACUAAGGCCCUGAAGAAGUUGCACGAGGAGGGCAAGCUGGAUGGGGAUGACGAUGGCGUUUACCCUUACUAG